UUGACCGAAAACUAUAAGUUUGCAUUUUGGAGAGGCAAACAAUUUUUUACGUGGUUUAUAAAAUGACUUUACUUGUGCAAACAAAAGAAUUUUUGUUAGACUUGGAAUCUUCAUCAAAUGUUUAGACUGAAGAUUGAUGAUUAGGAACCUGAACCGACUUCGGUUUAACAUAGAGAAGAUAAGAUACAUACACACAUGAAUAAUUAUUACAGAGUAGCUAGAUUAAUCAGUUUCCCGGAUAAUAUUACAAAGUACUAAAUUAAUGUGUUUUGUGCUUACAUUCAUCUCAUCUCUACUCUGUGGUUUCUCUACCAGCUAAAGCCAAAGCAUCUCCCGCAGUUUGAUUCCCUAUCUCAAUAUGGCUUUAGGAUAAAGACUUAAUUAAGGUGAUACUGGUAACAAUUACUGUUAGCUCUCAACAAAAAACAAAGAAAAUGAAAAAAACAAAACAAAACAAAAUUACUGUUAGCUGAAGACGAUCACACAUGAUUCAAAGGACCAUAAAAUCCCACACUUAAUUAAACCCUAAAUUUAGAUUAGGGACUGUAGGUACAUGUAACUACACCAAAAUUAACAACCCUCUCUCGCUUUCCACUUUCCAAAAUUAAACCUAGUCAAAACAAAAAGCAUGGGGUCAAACACUCUCUAACACCCAUCGUCGUCAUUUGUCUUUCUCAAAUAACGGACCCUCCUUGUUCUAUGCUGUUUUUACACAAUUCCACCUUGCAGCUGCCCUCUUUCUCUCUCCCCCUCCCUUUUUUUUCCAAACAUAUUUUCCUUCCCAUUAGAUGCCUCCACUCACCUCUGGUCGUCCGUCCGCCGCCUCUUUUCGGACGACGAGCGGAGCCAUCUCCAUCAUCUCCUUCACCAUCGCCACUUUCUCAACAACACACCAACGACGUCCUUCUCUUUGAUUUCCUAUCAAUUGUCACAUCUAAAUACAAGAGAAAAUACGUAAAUUGUAGAUUCUAGCCUAGCUUCUAUUUGAAUUUCCAUUCUAAAAGCUUUGAGCGCGAUUUGAAUUAUUUUACUCUAUCGCGACAAUGUCCCAAUCAAUCUUAGCUCCAUUCCAGCUUUUGGAACUCAACGUAAUAUCAGCGCAGGACCUUGCGCCCAUGUCGCGUUCCAUGCGCACAUACGCCGUUGCAUGGGUGCACCCGGAUCGAAAACUCUCAACACGGGUGGACACCUCAGGCCACAACAACCCUACAUGGAACGACAAGUUUGUGUUCCGGGUCGACGAGGACUUCUUGCAUGAAGACACAUCCGCGGUCAUGAUCGAGAUCUACGCCCUGCAUUGGUUCAAGGAUGUUCACGUGGGAACCGUCCGUAUCUUGGUUGGUAACCUUAUUCCAACCCCGGCAAAACCCCACCACCACCAUCCUCAAGUGGGCAUGCGUUUCGUGGCGCUCCAGGUGCGCCGCCCCUCGGGUCGGCCGCAGGGGAUUCUAAACAUCGGCGUGGCGCUGCUUCAUAGCUCUAUGCGGAGCAUGCCUUUGUAUUCCCAACUCAGCGCCUCAGCAGUUGGAUAUAAAACUUUGAUGGGCGAGGACGACGCGCCGCGCAGCACAAAAACCCACCACACCGGAAGCCAAAUGACGACGUAUUCGAAGCCAGAGCUGAGGCGCACCAAGAGCGACUCCAGCUCAAUGUUCGGGUCAGAGCUGAGAGAAAAGGAAUUCAGACACAAGGGUAAAACGGAAAAAGCAACGUCCGUGGUUAACUCGUCAGACGUCAGCGCUAGAAAAAGCAAGAAGGGUCGCGGUUCCAAGGCGAGCUCGUUGGUUGGCAACUCAUCAGAUAUAAUUUACAAGAAGGGUAAAAAGGGAAAAGUAAGUUCUGUAGUCAGUGCGUCGGAUGUUAGCUACCGAAAGGGGAAGGCGAGCUCCAUGCUCAGUGCCUCCGAUGUGGGCCCACCAAAGAGUCGGAAAGACAAAAAAGGGAAGCCAAGCUCCGCACUCAGCGCCUCCGAUGCCGGCGUGCAGGACCCACCGAAGAACGAUAGCAGUAGCAACGAGAAACCGGCCAGCUCCGUCCUUAGCGCCUCCGAAGCGGAAGAACCGCCGAGAAAGAUGCCUGCCAGUCACAAGCCCUCCCCAAAAUUCACCCUGGUGGACAAUUUUGGUGCUACCCCAGCGCGGAGGUCGGCUCUGCCAGCUGGCAAGUCGCCAUUCCAGAGGCUGCAGUCGCCCUACGAUGCGUACGCGACGCCAAGAAAGUCGAACCUCAUGGCUGUACCGUUCCUAACGGAGUCGGAGCUGGGGCCGUCGCCGUCGGAGGUGGCUGCGGCGAUCGCAAAGGAGCGAGUGGACCAGGACAACGAGAGCUCGGUUGUUGUGGGCGCGUGGAACGAGGACGACAGCGUGGAAGGGUUGCAGUCGAAGCUCGAGCGGUGGCGGACGGAGCUCCCGCCAGUGUAUGAUAGGGGAGAGUUUUCGAGCUUUAAAUCCAGUGAAACGCGCCACACACGGCGACACAGCGAUGGGAGCAAUGGGCUAUUUUCUUGCUUUAGUAACAUAUGUGGAAUCGAGUGCUCCAUUGUAUGCGGGUCGGGUGACCAAGAAAAACCUCAAAGGAAGAACGGGAGUAAGAAUGGUGGGCGGGUCCAUCGGAGUCCAUCCGUAGGAGAUCUAAGCUACGUAUGAUCAACCCGGAUGGAGAUGGGUUAACGGGUUGGAUCUUUGGUGGGAUAUAUUCAGGGAGAUGAGAGUAACAGCUUUGUUGGUGCUAAUUUGCGCCGAGGGUGUACUGUUGGGAAAAGAACCACUGAAAUACAUAAGGGUAAUAUGGGGUGCAGGAUGAGGAUGUGCACACUGGGGGGUGAUGUCAGCAAGUUGAGUUGAGCUCGGUUAGAUCAUUCUUCCCACUUCCCUCAUUUUAAUUUUGUUUUUCUCAAAUUUCUGCUAUCUAAUCUAAUUUAAUUUAUUCUUUCUCAAAAACCAAAAGAAAAAAAAAAUUAUAAAAAGAAAAAGACAAUGAAUAAAGGGACCGACAAAAUUCAAAUUCAUUUUACAUAUUGUUUGUUGAUGUAGAAUAUUAAAGCUUAUAUUGCAUAUUUGCGAUGUGUUAUAUCAAAAAUGUGGUGUGCUAAUGAAUUUAUUUGUGCAUAAAAUAUAAUUCUUUUCUGGUGUAUGGAAUCUAGAUUUGCAUAUUUUGC